CAGCUCCUCCUUGAGGGUUUGGUGGAGCACCACGAGGGAAUAGACGGCGAAGGCCUCUGACACUCCGUUGAGGAUGGCCAAGUACAGCCAAGCACUGGACACGGCUGAUGGUUCCAUGCUUGUAGACGUGGAGGAACUCGCAGAUGGCAGCGAUGACGGAGCUGAAGAGCCUGAUGGUGAUGUGCUGCAGCACCGCCAGCUUGCAUCGGCAGAGCACUCUCUGUCCCGCCUGGUGCGGGGGACACCAGCAGAAGGGGAAGGGAAACCUUUGCUUCCCUUUGGCCUCCAGGAUGGCUUCCAGACUCGGGUAUUGGGCCUGUACGAAGUUGGCCAAGAGGCCCAUGAAGCUGUAGAUGACAAAGGCCUCGUAGAACUCGCGGAGGGUCUCCAGGUAGGUGGCGUGGUCGGGCCAGAGCAGACAGCCCCAACUGGCCAGGCUGAAGAUGGGCACCAUCCAGAGGAUCCUGAUGAUGGGCUUCUGCAGGUCAGGCCUCGACAGGUGCACGACGUGCUGCAGGAUGCCCCAGAGGGACACGGGCAAGGUGAACAGCACGCCGAUCCCCGCGAUAAACCAGGCCUUGGUGUGGAUGCUCCAGUUGUGGCGCUGCAGCUGCCAGACGACCACGGGGACGGCCAGGACCAGGGUCAGGAAGUAGAGGGUCAGGAUGAAUGGCCGAAGCCACGCUUCCAAUGA